AUGUCGAGAAUUUUGUCUCUCGUUUGUGUCUUGCUCGCUAUUUCAGUCGUCCAUGCACGUGCUCGUCUCGUGCCGGGUACGUCUGAUGAGGGCAAGACGACGACACGUGAAGAUACAACAACUAUGAUCAUGCAUGCAAAUGCACCUGGACAGUCACCACCAGCCAGCGUCGGCGACAAAAAAUGCAUCGGAGGAGUCGCGGGAGUCGGUGGAUUCGCCGGAGUUGGUGGUUACGCCGGCGUGGGAGGUCUAGGAAUACCACUCAUCGGCGGUCUUGGCGGCAUCGGUAAAUACGGUGGCAUAGGUGGUGCAGCUGGAAUCGGUGGCUUCCACGGUCUAGGGGGUGGUGUCGGUGGAGUCGGAGGUGGUUUAGGCGGUGGUAUCGGUAAAGUAGGUGGGAUUGGCGGUCUAGGUGGUUUAGGCGGUGGUAUUGGCAAAGCAGGUGGAAUUGGCGGUCUAGGCGGUGCCGGAGGUGGUUUAGGUGGAGUCGGUGGUGGUAUUGGUAAGGCAGGUGGAAUUGGUGGUGUUGGUGGUGUCGGAGGUGGACACGGCCUGGUCGGUGGGAUCGAUCCACAUCCUUAG